CGUUAUAAUCUAUAUAUAUAACCCUUAUAUAUCACUCAAUAUCAAUUCACAAAUCUUCUACAUCUCUCUCUAUCUUGUACUAAACAUGGCACCAUCUAUAAGAAAAUACAAUCCAACAAUAUUUGUUUUCGCAGCAAUAAUUUUUCUUGCCGGGGCUAAUGUGCUAGUACUUGCACAAAACUGUGGCUGCCCAUCAACAGAAUGUUGCAGCCGAUUUGGUUUCUGCGGCGUAACCGAAGAGUACUGCGGCACAGGUUGCCAAGAGGGACCGUGUACUCUUCCCCCUCCUGCAAAUGAUGUUUCUGUAGCUGAGAUUGUUACAGAUGAGUUCUUUAAUGGGAUUAUUAAUGUAGCUGAUGAUGGUUGUGUCGGAAAAGGUUUUUAUUCGCGGGAGGUGUUUCUUCGAGCUUUGGAUUCGUAUCCUCGGUUCGGUAGAGUUGGUUCUGUUGAUGAUUCUAGGCGUGAGAUUGCUGCUUUCUUUGCUCAUGUUACUCAUGAAACUGGACACUUUUGCUUCAUUGAGGAAAUAAAUGGUGCAUCAAGGGACUACUGUGACGAGAACGCCACACAAUAUCCAUGCAAUCCUGACAAAGGUUACUAUGGCAGAGGACCAAUUCAACUCUCCUGGAACUUUAACUAUGGACCUGCCGGACAAAGCAUCGGAUUCGACGGACUCAACGCUCCCGAAACCGUAGCCAAUGAUCCAGUCAUUUCCUUUAAGACUGCUUUGUGGUUUUGGAUGAACAAUGUUCAACCAGUCAUCAGUCAAGGGUUCGGAGCCACCAUUAGAGCCAUUAAUGGUAAUCUUGAAUGUGAUGGUGCCAAUUCUGCCACUGUUCAAGCUCGUGUGAGAUAUUAUGUCGACUACUGUGACCAACUUGGUGUGGCUCCUGGAGAUAAUUUAACCUGUUAAACAUUGGAUAUAUUGUUGUACGAUAUUCUUCAAGGCCUUUAAAAGAAAAAUAAAUUAUCAUUUAUAUUGUUGAA